AUGUCUAAGCCUGCUAUGACAAUGAAAACCAGCAUUUCAUACCCAGAAUCAAUAUGUCUGGCAAGUGAGACAAAAGCCAUCCGUAUCCACUGGAGCACUAUCCGCAAUGCCCUCAACGAUGCAAGACGAAGAGGUUGUGAUGGCGUGCCUACAAUCAACGAGAAGAAAAAAGAUGAAGAAUGGGGACCUGAUGAUGAUGAUGAUGAUCUCAUGUUGCUCAAACGUCGGGUACUGGUGAAUUUAUCCAGGAGUUUGCUCUUGUAUGGUGCUCCUUGUCAUCGCAUUGAACAAUCAUUGGAACAAGCAGCACAUGUACUUGGCCUUGAAGCUGCUUUCUUUUUCAUCCCAGGCAUCAUGAUGAUAUGUUUUGGUGAUAUGCAACCACGCACACUACUUGUACGAUGUCCACAAGGAUUCGACAUGGGAAAGCUGGCCAAAGUGACAGGGAUCGCCAACGCUAUAUGCCACAAGAAGCUCUCAUUGCAAGAAUGUAUUGACAAACUGGAGGAUGUCGCUCAAGCAUCACCUACUUGGGGUCCUUUGGCUAUUCUGAUGGCACACACAGUAUCGAGUCUGCUGACAACGCCCGUCAUGUUUAAUGGAUCAUGGAUGGAUACAGCUGUGAGUGGGGGUCUUGGGCUCAUGGUUGGCAUGCUCACUCUGGUGGCUGGAAAAUACGCAUCCUAUUGCAACAUCUUUGAAAUAUCCACGUCCAUCCUCGUGGCGUUCGUUGCCAAGGCACUCAAUCCAUGGAUUUGUUUUACUGGUGUAUCACUCUCAGCCACAGCGACUUUGUUACCAGGAUACAUUUUAACCAUGUCCAUUAUGGAGCUUUCUGCCAAACACGUGAUUACAGGCACCAUCCGUUUCAUUUAUGCAUUGAUUUACGCUUUAUUCAUUGGAUACGGGCUUGAGAUUGGCACGAGUAUCUAUGAUGCAUUGGACCCCUCAUCGUCACCAACCGAUUUCGACACCUGUACAGGUAGCAUGCCACCCUGGAUUUACGUUGGCAUGUUUCCAUUUGUGGCAAUUAGCAUGGCAACAACACUAGGAGCGACUCUACAACAAUGGCCAUCCAUGGUUUUUUGUUCCGCUGUUGGAUUUGGUACAACAUUAAUUGCAAGCAAGGUGAUCACCAAUUAUCAAAUCGUGGGUACGAUUAGCGCGUUUAGCGUGGGUCUUUUCGGCAAUCUCUAUCUCAAAGUCACUGGCGAUUUGGCACUCGUUCCAUUGUCAUGUGGCAUUGUUUUGCUCGUUCCUGGUAGCGUUGGUAUCCAAGGUGCAUACUUUUUGAUACGUCAAGAUGAUCAAGGUACAUCUUUUGCCAUUCAAAUGGUUGUUGCCUCUCUUGGAAUUGCCGUUGGACUAUUCACAGCCACCUUGUUGGUGUAUCCAAAGGGAAAGCGAAGAUACCUUUAUUUGUCAUACUAG